CCUUGUACAGAGUCCUUCCCAAGUCUACCAAUGACCAAGCUCAGAACUCUCUCUCUCCCAAAACUGAAACCUCAAGAUAAUUUAGCCUUCAAAAGCAUUGUUUUCGUAUCUUUUUCUUUCGAUUAAUUUCCUGGUUAAAGGCAAUGAAUGGGGAGGGUAAAGGGGACGACGAGGCUGUGAAAAUGGAAGAGGAGAUUAGGGGGAAAUUAGUGUACAUGUGGGGUUACCUUCCGGGAGCUUUGCCACAGAGGUUGCCGCUGACAUCUCCGGUGGCAGUUAGAGUUCCGGCGACCAUCAGCUUUGCAGGGGAUUCCUGGAAGGAUGUUUGUGGAGGGGGUUGUGGAUUUGCCAUGGCCAUAUCUGAGUCCGGAAAGCUCAUUACUUGGGGUUCAACAGAUGAUCUAGGACAAAGCUAUGUGACAUCCGGGAAGCACGGGGAAACUCCGGAGCCUUUCCCUCUUCCAACUGAGGCUUUGAUAGUGAAAGCUGCAGCAGGUUGGGCACAUUGUGUUGCAGUAACAGAGAGUGGAGAAGUUUAUACAUGGGGAUGGAAGGAGUGUGUUCCCUCUGGAAAGGUCUUCGUAGACCCAACUUUGCGGGGUAGCUUCGAAAAGGAUGUUUUUGAGAGGCAGUGUUCAUUGACAGACCAAGGUACUAUCAGUUUGGCAUCCUUAUCAUGGGUCUUGACAAUGGAGAUAGCCUUCUAUUCCUUGUCUCUGACUACUCAAAGUGGUUCUCUGACAGUAGGCCCUCUCUCUCAAGGCUCACGAACAACCGGUGGAACGCUAUCUGGUACUGAUGCUAGAGGAGGUGGAGAAGAAAGUACUAAACGAAGAAGAAUAUCUUCAGCAAAGCAAGCAGCUGAAAGUUCAUCAUCGGGUGAUGAAACACUCACGGCAUCGCCAUGCCUUGUAACGCUGAGCCCUGGAGUAAGGAUAGCCACGGUUGCUGCCGGGGGGCGCCAUACUUUAGCAUUAUCUGAUAUCGGACAGGUGUGGGGUUGGGGCUAUGGAGGUGAAGGGCAGCUCGGUUUGGGUUCACGGAUACGUAUGGUGUCCUCUCCUCAUCCUGUACCUUGCAUAGAGUCCUCUCCUUGUGGAAAAGAUAGAUCCAUAUUACUCUCUAGAGGGAGCAUGAGUUCUGAAGGACAGGGUUUUAGAGUUCCGGGAAGUUAUGUGAAGGGCAUUGCCUGUGGAGGGCGACAUAGUGCAGUAAUCACAGAUGCCGGAGCGCUACUUGCAUUUGGUUGGGGAAUGUAUGGACAGUGUGGGCAAGGGGGUACAGAUGAUGAGUUAAGCCCAACCUGCGUGUCUUCCUUACUUGGUGUCCGAAUAGAGGGUGUUGCUGCAGGACUGUGGCACACAGUCUGUAUAUCUGCUGACGGUGAUGUGUAUGCAUUUGGUGGGAAUCAGUUCGGGCAGUUGGGAACUGGUGGUGAACAAGCCGAGACCCUGCCAAGGCUAUUGGAUGUUCCAGGCCAGGAAAAUAUGCAUGCAAAAAUUUUAUCGUGUGGGGCACGUCACAGUGCCUUAAUUACAGACGAUAGGAAAGUUUACUGCUGGGGAUGGAACAAAUAUGGCCAGCUUGGUUUGGGAGAUGUGAUCGACCGCAACAUUCCUUCUCAAGUCAUUAUUGAUGGCUGUAUUCCUAAAAAUGUUUCUUGCGGCUGGUGGCAUACCCUUCUUCUCGCUGAAUCUCCCACUUGAAUUCCUCAUUUUCAGGAGGCCUUGGCAAAAUUUUGCAGGUAGCAAUUGUUUAGAUUGUUAACUUAUUGAGUAAAAUAUGAAUAUGUACAUACAAUAGCUUGUAUACUUAAUACAUCCGUGCAUGUACUCAUUCUUUCAUGGCUGAUGUGUUCCAUUCACAAUCACUGGCCCUAUCUUUAACACCGUUGCAAGAAGGAACCUUUGUUGGGUUUCCAGAUCAUGUAUAGCAUCGUGUACGUCUCUUUUCAUGUAAUCAUCAUCUAGCCUUUCUAGUUAUGUAUAGGAGUGUCUCUGGAUUUACUCAAAUCAUUUGUGGAUGAUGGUUGGACUUGCCUUAGUCUUUUCAUUCAUCAACUAAUGAAAUUGUAGUUCAGUAAAA